AUGGGUGACAGAAGAAAGAAGCAGCAUCGUCUGCAGGACUCAUCCACUUCCUCGUCCUCUUCGUUGUCGGACUCCGACCACUCUUCGCGGCGGCGGAGACGGCGGCGCGAGAAGGAGCGGCGCAGAAGGAGUGAGGAGAAGGGGGAGCGAAGGAGGAAGAGGAGAGACAGAGAGAGGAAAAAGAAGAAGAGGCUCCACGAUUCUGAUUAUUCCUCCAACUCUUCGGAGGAUGAAGACGAACAACCUAGGGUUCAGCCUGAAACUGUUAUAACGGAAAUGAUGAGAGAGUUCCCCAACGUCGGCAACGAUUUGGAGCAGCUUUUGCAAAUGAUCGAUAAUGGGCAAGCUGUUGACAUAAAGGGUAUAUCAGAACGAUCUUUAGCAAAGCAUUUGAAGAAGCUGUUUCUUUCGUUAAAUCUUAAGGAGAAUGGAGAUAGGGUUUUCUUGCUGCGUUCUAAAGCUCGCCCUACUUUGGGUGUUCUUGGCCCUCUCAUUCACUCCUACACGAAUCCCAUGAAGGAACAAGGGGAGGCUUCUGCACCGGUGCCUGAAUCCAGUUCAGUUCCAGUGGAUGUUGGAAAUGAACAGAUGGUGGGUGACCAUGUGCCCGUAACUCCAGAAGAUCAUUCGGUUGGUCCUAGGAAAAGGAUGAUUGGCCCUGCAAUGCCGUCAGCUGAAUUACUGGCUGCUGCUGCCAAAUUAACAGAGGCACAGACUGAGCUCAGAGAAGCCGAAUUGGAUGAUGACAAUGAACUAUUUAUAGGACCUCCACCAGCAGCUAUGGUAUCUGAAGCAGAAUCAGCUAAUGAAGCAGAACGUUUUGAAGAGGUGACCAGAAUAAUGGAAGUUGAGGCUGACAGCCCAUAUGAUGUUCUAGGCGUCAAUCAUAAUAUGUCCAAUGAAAAUGUAAAGAAAAGGUACUGGAAGAUAUCAUUAUUGGUUCAUCCAGAUAAAUGCUCUCAUCCGCAAGCCCACCAGGCUUUUAUUAAGUUAAAUAAAGCUUUCAAAGAGUUACAAGAUCCAGAAAAGGUGAGCCUGCUAGAAGGAUGGAACUUGAAUAGUGAAUAUUUUAUUGACACAUGGCUGAAGUCAUUUGAAAAAGCCGAUGUUAUUAGCAAUUUUCUUGCACUGGCCUAUGUUAUUGCUGACAUUCACUGUCGGAAAGCAAUGGAUGAGAAAAUCAAACUCAAGCAAGAACAAGAGGAAUUUAAGGCUGAACUUAAAACCAUGCGUGAGGCUGCACUGUGGAGAAGAUCUCAAGGUGAGUUCCACUAUGUAGAGGGUUUUGUCAAGGUUGUUCAGGUCACUUUUCUGGAUGACAUACUUAAUUUGACAGUGAGUGAUAUGAACUUAACUUUGGUGAGGAAAUCCGUGGCAGGUAUUUCCAUGGAGGGUGAUGAGGAGCUUCUGGCACAGACAGAGGUUAAAGUGGAGCCAAAAAGGGAUGAGUGGAUGACAACACUGCCUCCAGAAAGGAAACCUGGUGGUAUGACUAUGCACUCAACCAAGUUUAGCCGGGGGCCAAAGGAAGGUAGAGGUGAUACUAGUGUUUGGACCGACACCCCUUUGGACAGGGCCCAGAAAGCAAAGAUGAAUUAUUUGGAGGCGUACAAUGAAGCCACUGCUCUAGCUUCAAAUGAAGAGGAUAAGAAAAGGGCCAGUGCGGAUGCAGAAUUGGUGGACAAAUACAAUAAAGCAAAACGGUCAAAAACAUUGGUCGAGAAGCAUCAAGAAGAGGUUGCUAACAAAUCCAAGAAAAAGUCCAAGCAAGUGAAGCAACAGCCAGAGAAGGAAGAGUGGGUGGGUCAACAUCCAUGGAAGCCAUGGGACCGUGAAAAGGAUCUGACUGCUGGAAGGAAAACUGUAAAUUUUGAUUCAGAAAGCAUGACUAAGGGUUUAUCUUCGAGGUUUUCUUCUGGAAACUUUCAGAGGAACUUCCUUUGA